GGUUUAUUCAAUGUGUGGUGAGUGGUCCGGUCCCAUGUACACUCGCUCAGAGACAUGCUCACGUCCAUUGACCUGUGAUACGGUGCCUGUAGACUGCAUUCAUACCACCAACAAAGGAAGGGAACCAACACGGGCACACAUGGGGCCAGCUCUUCGCAGGUCACAGACAGAGGCGCACAUGAAGAGAUCAGAGCUAACGUGCAUACGUUCACUCGCGACACAUGCACCACCGGCCAGCUGCAAAAAGGGCCGAUGAAGCGCACCAAACACACGUAUGCAUGGCAUGGAUGCUCUCCAUCCACAUGGAUCGAGGAGAAAAACACACCAUCGACCCAAUAAGACAAGGGCAGGGCAGGGCAGGGCGGCUCUGUCAGCCACCUGACGCGUACGUCACCUGCACACACACACGGGAACCAUGGCCAAGAUCCAUCCAUCUACGUGUAUGCACAUCCAAUGCAGCCGUGUGUGUGACGCUGCUCACUCACUGACUCACUCCGUGUUGGUCCACAAGAUGCGAUUCGUCUUCCAUCAUCUGCACCUGCAGCCGUGCCGCCGGCGAGCAGCUGGCGAUGGCAGCCAGCCGCGCCGCCCGAUGCACCUCCACAGAUGGAGGAGCCGUCAGCCGAAUGGGCAUCGUCAUGCGUCGAGUCAGCCGCAGCGCGGGGCUCUCGGUGCUGUCAUCUCCCCUUGCUUCCAUGUCGAUGGGGUGCGACAGAGUGCGCUGGAUGGGCUUGGAGGGCUCCUGGGGCUGCUGUUGCUGCUGGUGGUCCAGCUGCACCGAUUGGGGGAGGUGCUCGUGUGGUGCCGGCUGCUUUGGCGGCUUGUAAGUGCGGAUUGAGUAGAGGCACAUGAAGGUAAUGGGGAUGAGCAGGACGCCCAUGAGCUCAAAUGAGAGGGCGUAGUCGUUGUGCAGCAGCUCAACAAGGGGGGAGGCCACCAAGGGGCCCAGCAUCAGCCCGCCGUUGAAGGUCUGCUCCUCCAGUGCGAAGGCCUUCCCGUGGUCCUCAAUGCCCUCGUCGUGCAGCCAUGAAGCUACAGACACACACAACCACACACAGAUAUGCAGGACCACAAGCACCUCCUUUGUCCCCUCUGUGCGCGUCUGUGGGCGUGUCAGUCAAUGAGUCAGUGGCGUACAUGCGAAUGCGAAUGCGCUGGUCUCGGCGGACCCCAGCCCCACACCGAAGAGGGUCAGCACCGUCACCUGGAAUGUCGACAGAGACGACGAGGCCAGGGAGAACCCCAUCACAAUCGUGCACAGCGCGCACCACGCCGACGCAACCAAACAAAACAUCAUCGGACGCAGCAGAAACCUGCACACAUGGGACCUCUCUGCAGACAGACAGGAGCGUGGUCCACUUGUGUGUGGACGUACGUACCUGUCUAUGAGGAACCCGGUGGUCGGCCCGCAAGUGAUCUUAGCGAUGAAUUGCGGCAUGAACAGCGCGCCGGUGGCACUGGCAGAGAGGCCGUAGGCGUCCCGCCAAUAUAGCGGCAACAGGGCCUGUAGACAACGGCACACACAUGCCACCACAUGGUACAUCCUGGCUCGUACACGUAAGUGCGGAGACGCAUACCUGCAGAGCUGACGCCGCGGCCCACGGCAGAGUGACACACAGCAUUGCCGUGAUGAAAUGGACAUUGGCGAAGACGGCGUAACCCUGCCGCUUCGGCUUGUCCUCCUCUGUCAGCGGCACCACCAGAUCGGGCAGGCUGCGCAACACACAGGUGAUACGAUCUCGUUGUCUUGUGCACAAAUGGCCGUCGUCUCACUCACUCGUGUGCCAGCUGCUGCGCGUUGCUGCCCACUUCGGUGGGAAAGCGCCCGGUCGCCGCGAUGAAGACCACGGCGGCCAAGGAACCACAGGCAAGGACGAGCAUGACGCCCCACACGCACUUGCUGCCAGCAGCGUCGUAGAGGAAACCUCCAGCUGCCGGGCCGACAAUAGCGCCGACGUCACCCGUGAGCGCAAUGCCCACUGCGGUGGCCCUGUUGGACUUGUCCUAAGGUGAAUGGAGAGACACAAGCAAGAUACAACAUGCUUCACGCUGGCCAAGGCACGACACAAAGUGCCUCACGUGAGUGCGGGCCAGCGCCCCAAAGCCCGCCGGAUACAAAAUGGAUGACGCAAAACCCUGACACAUACAGACGGCAAGCAGAGACGAUAAUGCAGUGCACGUUUACGUGGCAUUCAGUGUGUCACCUGCAGCACUCUGGCGACGAUGUAAGACGCGAGGGAAUCCUAAAGCACAGAUGCACGCGGCACAGCGGUCAGCAGUGUACUCGGGACGAGGCAGGUAGGCAGGCAGGCAUGCACUCACCUUGAUAAGGUAACACAGGCCACCCAUCGCCAGCAGGGCGAACGGCACGACCAGCAUCUUCUUCCACCCCACCCUGACCAACAGACAGCGACAUCGAUUGCAGCAUUGACACGGCCGGCGUACCUGUCGAUGAUUAUUCCACCUGAACCAAUCCCAAACAGCCAGGGAAAUCCUGGAUGAAUGCACGAAUACACAUGAUCCCUUUGCUGAUUCGUACCGAUGGGCGCGAAACCGAUGGCAAUGAUUGGUCGUGCGAUGAAGAUGAGGCUGUGCAGAACGGGUGGAAGGCUGAGCGUCCGGGGGCUGACCGUAACAAUCACCGUCUGCACACAGAAUACAUAAGUGCCGAUAGAUGACACGACCCCCAGGACGUCGAAGGAGUCAACCGUUCGUCGCAUUGAUGCUACCUGGUACAUCAUGUCGGUGAAACAGCCAAACCACACAACCUGCACCACACACACACAACGUGAAGCACAUCUUCGCAUUCACACGGCCCUCGACUGCCUCUGCGCCUAUAUACAAUGACGAGGCCGUAGUGAAUGUCCUUCAUCGUCGAAAGCAGAUCAGAUGCCA